GCAUUGAUUUUAAUUGUAAUGAGCCAGCUAGUGAAAUGUCAACAGCUAAGAGUGGGCCAUAAAAACAGAGAAUUCUUUCCAGAAACCCUGAACAUCUGCCGCAUUUGAAAGCUAUUUAUGAAUAAGUACCCCCGCUAAUCCUUUUAGGGAGGACUGUAUAAAGCAAGCUCGGAUUAGCAAAAAGAUUUGUGUAAAAUUGGUGCGCGGAAAAUACGCAAAAUUCGCGUGUUCGGGUUACGACGAUUCCUGGGAAAUAUCUCGCUUAUGCCAUUUUCCUUUUUUACUUUUAGGUGCUUAGGUAGUUGCCAUAAAAUUGAGCCCGGUUUUGUAGAGCCUAGCUACCUGCGUUUUCUGAACCAGCUGUCACGGGUUGAAUUCAGAGUCAGGUAGUCCCUAGAAAUUGACCUAUAUAAGGCUUAGAUUGCUGGCAACACCAUCACAGUCUUCUCUGAACCUUCAACAUGAGCAUCAGUACGUUUAACUUCCAGUUCUACAACUACAAGCUGAGUCCCACGUCACCGGGCUUUGGCAGUUCAUCAGCCUCCCGGACCUCCUCAUCAUUUAUCAGCGAACUAGAAAUGGACAUUGACGAGGACAUGUCUGCACCAGUGACCAGGCCCACAAACACAUCCACGCCCAAGCCGCGUUUUACCAGCCAACUGGCCGUGGAUUUGGCCAAAACGGUGGAGCCCGGUAAUGGCAUUUCCCCGCUGCGACCCAAAUUGCACACGGCCCAAAAACGCUGGUCCAUGGAGUUGAGGGAGAAAGUGCUGGAAAUGUCCAAGCGAAAUAAUGGCCAGGAGAAACCACAAACCAUAAGCCAACAGGAGCAACAUGGGCUGCUGCAACAGGAGCAACCUAGGCAACAUGAGCAACUGCCACAUGAGCAACUGCAACAUGAGCAACAGCAGCCCACUGUCACCGACAAAAUCAACUUCUUCAAUAAGCUGACCAACACCUUUGAGUCGGGCUUUCACACACCAAGUAGCACCACUAACAAUCGCUUUAUAGCCAUGUUGCGAUCAACCCGUCCACAAAAUAUUGCCACCACCACCGCCAAUAGCAGCACUAGCAAUAGCUUUCUAGGCAGCAAUCCUAAUAUUAGUAGCCUAGCGGUUAAUAAUUCAGUGGUGCCACCGCCCAAACCAAAAAGACUAGCUGCGACCGCCGCCCACUUUGCCACGCCCCUUCCACCCGGAAUAGGCGUGGGAAAGGGGGGCAGUCAGCGGAAAUGCUCAUUGCGCCGCAAGCCCUCGAUGGACAGGUCCAGGGCCACAAUUUCGAGGCCCAGUUCUAGUGCUUCUGUGAGAACCCAAAACCACGCCAUCAUGGAGGACCUCAGUUUGGUGGUUCCAGUUCGAUUGCGCAUCGCCGAGUACGAGCAGCGAAUCUCAAUGAGCGCCUGAUUUCAGGAAUCCUAAAACUCGAAUUUUAAGUUCCCAAGGAUAGCCUUUACUUUAACUUUAAGUUAGAAUAAGCUUUAAAAUACAAUGUUUAAAGACAAUUCAAAUAUAUAAUAUCUGAAGCAAGAAAUCUAUAGUUUUCUUACCAGGAAAGGUAAAUAAGUGGUGUACAUUUUCAUAGAAUACGUUUUGGGGAAUUUAAAUAAUUCAUUAGUUUAGAAAAGUUCAAAAAAACAUAUUUAAAAAAAUAAUUAUGUUUAAUAAUAAUUCAACAAUCAAAGAUUCUUAAAUUUCGAUUCAAAAAUCGAUUUGACAGUUAAA